AUGGCUUCAACAUUUAGCGUUAAGUUAAAAAUAUAUGAUUUAUCCAGAGGAAUGGUAAAAGCAUGGUCCCCCCUUUUAAUAGGAAAACAAAUAGAUGGAGUAUGGCAUACAGCUGUUUUGGUAUAUGAUAUGGAAUACUUUUACGGUGGAGGAAUAUUAUGUCUUGCUCCAAAUGAGUUUGAGUCUUAUUACGACAUAAAACCCGUGAACGUAAUAAGCAUGGGAACAACAGAAUUACAACAAUCACAUUUUCACGAAUAUCUUAAUGGUAUUCAACAAAAUUUUACAGUUGAUAAGUACAACUUAAUUAGCUGGAAUUGCAAUAAUUUUACAAAUGAAGUUUGUAAUUUCUUAGUUGGCAAAAAUAUUCCUGAGUAUAUUUUGAACACACCUUAUGAAGUUAUGUCUACUAGCAAAGGGAAGUUAAUCUUAGACAUGAUGCAGUCUUAUCAAACGUCCAUUGCACCAGGUCUAGAUGCUCAAUCAACAAUAAACAGUAAAGGAGGUAUUGGAGAUAAUAAAAGUAUAAGUAAUAAUGAAAAUGAUGAAAAAAAAGAAUAUUCAAAACUACCAAGUGUAUCAUUAGAUAAUUUCUUUAAUGAAAAUAAAAUAGAAAAUUUAUUAGAAGAAUAUUUAAAGAAUGAUAAAUAUGAUUUAAAUGAAAAAAAAUUAUUUUUAAAUACUUUAAAAAUAUUUUUUGAUAACUUAAUUACAAAUACAAAUAUAUUAAAAAAUCGUUAUAUAUACAAAAAACAUUAUAAUUUAUUUAAUAAUGAAUUAACUAUUUGUGAAUAUAAUAAAAUGUUAAAUUCCCUUGGAUUUUUACAAGGUUUUGUUGAAUAUGACGAAAUAAAUAAUUUAGAAACCUUAACAAUUUUUAUUGAUAAAAAUAAUAUUAAUAAACAUGCCUUUUCUGAACAUUUAGGUUUAUUUAUAAAUAAAAAUUUUUUUUUAAAAAAUGAAGACAGUUCCAUUUUUAAAAUGGAAGCCUUGAAUUUUAAGGAUGUAUCUGAAUACAUUUCAUAUACCAGUAAAAAAAAUAGUAACGCAAAUGAUGUGUUUAUUUUUAUAUCAGAAAUGUUCAUAAACGAUAACAUAGAUACUACGAAUGAAAAAAAUAAUCUCAAUUUUUUUAAUAUUAUAAAAGAUAGGAUCAUUUCAGAUCCACAAAUAGAAAAAGACUUUUUGUCAAACAUAUCAGACCUAUUGAAUGCACGAAUAAACUCUUUAGCACCUUUGUAG